GCGGCGAGCAGAGCAGCAGCAGCUGGUGAUUGGCAUGUUUAUCCACACAACUCCUCUAGCUGUACAGUAAACACGACUGGGGAUAUUUCUCUUCCAAGACCAGGAAAGUUGAACCAUGAAAUCAAAAUCAAUGCUUGCCACAGGCCUGUCACCCAUAUGUUAUUUCUGGAGUAUUUAAUAUCUAUAGAUAUUACUAUUUUGCUAAUGGUACAUACAUACUGCAGUAUUAUUAUAAGAAAGCCAAGCAAAUAACUUAUGAGGCAAAGUUAAACCUUGGCAUCUUUGUGCAUCAUGUUGAAGUAAACAAUUUAAUACUCCAGAGUGACAGCACUGUUGCUUAUUGGUCAGUAUAGUGUGUCUUUUUUUUGUUUUUAUUUUGUAGUUAUUUCUUUGAGAGGGCGAUUGUUGCUCUAGAAGCUCACCUGCGUCGGUUUGCUUUCACUCAUAUCAGCUACCUCAAAAAAAACAAAACGCUGGCCACUUCAUCGUUUGGAACCGUCGCCCUUUAAUAAGAGCCAUUUUAAGGAUCAGCCUGGUGGACGUUCGAGGACCUCAUUAUUACCAGCCAAAUAUCUAACCGUCAGCUAUCUCAUUUUCUGGGAACAAUCCAAAGACAAUGGUGCACUGUGCGGGGUGCGAGAGGCCUAUUCUUGAUAGGUUUCUAUUAAACGUCCUGGACAGAGCUUGGCAUGUGAAAUGUGUACAGUGCUGCGAAUGUAAAUGCAAUUUAACAGAGAAAUGUUUUUCACGAGAAGGAAAGCUCUACUGCAAAAACGACUUCUUUCGUCGUUUUGGUACCAAGUGUGCCGGCUGCUAUCAGGGUAUCUCCCCGAGCGAUCUGGUGAGGAGAGCGAGGAGCAAAGUCUUUCAUCUGAACUGUUUUACUUGUAUGAUAUGCAACAAGCAACUUUCGACCGGAGAAGAGCUCUACAUCAUAGACGAAAACAAAUUUGUUUGCAAAGACGAUUUUCUAAACAGCAAUAAUUCGAGAGAAAACGGCGCGCUGUCAGUAACGGCAUGUAGCGAUCAAAGUUUCUCACCGGAUUCUCAAGAUCAUUUACAAGAUGACACAAAAGACUCAGAAAGCGCCAAUAUUUCAGAUAAAGAGACUGCCAUUAACGAGAACGAGGAACAGAACCUGGGAGCGAAGCGCCGCGGUCCGCGCACGACCAUCAAAGCGAAGCAGCUGGAAACCCUCAAAGCGGCUUUUGCAGCAACCCCUAAACCGACCAGGCACAUCCGAGAGCAGCUGGCUCAGGAGACCGGGCUCAAUAUGAGGGUUAUACAGGUCUGGUUCCAGAACAGGAGGUCUAAGGAGAGGCGGAUGAAGCAGCUGAGUGCUUUAGGGGCCCGUAGACACGCGUUUUUCCGCAGCCCCAGACGGAUGAGACCCCUGGGAGAUCGCCUCGACGGGGCUGACAUGAUGGGAAACGGCCCUUUCAAUUACUACGGGGAUUAUCAGACUGAAUAUUAUGGUCCUGGAGGCAAUUAUGAUUUCUUUCCUCAAGGUCCCCCCUCUUCUCAAGCUCAGACUCCAGUGGAUCUGGGUUUUGUGCCCUCUUCCGGGCCUGGGGCGACCCCACUCGGCGGACUCGAGCAUCCACUGCCCGGCCAUCACCCAAGCAACCUGCCGGGUCCAGGCGACAGUCAGAGGUUCACCGACAUGAUCUCUCACUCUCACGGGGACUCUCCGAGCCCGGAGCCAGGUCUAACGGGACCGUCAAUGCACUCGAUGGCUGCGGAUGUUUUCGGACCGGGUCCCAGUCCGUCCUUCUCCCUCACCAAUGGGGGAUACACCAGCCACUUGUCACAUCCACCCCCGGAAAUGAACGAGACUGCCGUUUGGUAACGACUUCCGACUUCGCGAAAAUUGUUGAUUUAACAUCAAGGGACAAUACUAACAGUUCUGUCCCUCUCUCUCUUUCUCUGCUCCAUCCCAACCCCAAAGACAAUGCGUUGCCCGGACAGCAAGAAAAAGGCGAGAUUUUCAAAGCUCGUUACAACAGAUGUCGAAAUAAUAAUUAUAUUUAAAAAAAACUUCAAUCACGGAGAAAAUUUGAACCAGCUUACACAAUGACAGCGUCUUAAGCAGGGCGAACGAAAGCUGGGAUUCCAAAACCCAAAAGGAACAAAUUUCAGAAUGACCUCGAAAAGAUAAUAGCGUCUGGGAGCCCUCAAAACUUUAACGCAAACCAUUCUACCUACACAAAGCUGAACAACAAAAAAAAAGCUCAUUAAUAAACUGAAAGAGUCUACUGUUUACGUAUUAUAUUUAAUUCAGGACGUUAAUGUUUUAGAAAACAUUUUAGAGCCUCUUGAUCUGAAUUGAAGAAACGGGCAUCAAGUAACCAAACUUUUUUUUGUUUCCAAAAAAACGUACAAAAAGGUUUGUUGGAGUUGUGGUUCACAGCUCCAGUUUGUACAAAGUGUUUUUUUUUGCGUAUGUUUACAAAAGUGGAAAACAAACUAGAAAGGUGCCAAAUAGAUAAGUCAUAGCACAAUUACUGUAGGUGCACUGCACCAUCCACUGGAGAAAGUGUUCAGAAAGAGAGUGUUAAAAAUAUACUUUCAGCUAAUUUUUAGCUCUCUCAUCGGAGUCAUUCAUAUCGUUAAUAAUGCCCAUAUAGAUUCAUACAGGAUUUUAUUUUUGUGUCUUACAGAAACGAUAGGUCAAAUAUUUAAACAAUUUUACUACAUGGUCAAAUAUGCAGUCGACAGCUGCUACUUUUUGCUUUAUACAGUAUAGGAUUCCUCAUGAUAUCAUUUUUGUCAUAAUAGGCCUAAGCUUCUGUGACCUCCGUUGCAUAUUAGACCAUUCACUGUAUAAAUGAAAACAUGUUGAAUAAAUUUGUGACUUUUUAAUA